UUGUUUUAUGAAUUCCUCUCCAUGAAAUUCUAGAAGUGGAUAAAGAAUGUGUUGUGUGAGAAUGUUGGUGAGGGUUUUGCUCUCGUCUCCGGCGGACUCAUCGGCACGGCGGUCGUGUUCCACGGAUCUGCCCUCUCCGACUCGUUAUUGGGAUUCACGGUUGGAGAAUACUAUUGGUUGAAACUGUAAUCUUGCAAUCUACUAGUGGCGACUGCAAGAUAAGUGUGUUGGGUUGUGGGAAGACACUGGAACAAUCAUUGGCUCUCUUUUUCUCAGCAUUGAUGCAAGUAGGAUAUUGAACGAAAAAGUUAUCAUAUGGUCUUUUUUGGCUUGACUUUUUCUGGCAUCCAUGCUGACAGAGAGCAUGCGUGGAAUUAGUGUUUUGGGUAAUGCCCCAUUUGAAGGUAGUCGGUGAUGCACUAGGUGUGUUAACAAUUUGUCUUGUAUCCCUUUUGGCCCUUCUUGGCUUAUUUUGCACCUUGUACUUGUGCUACUUCCACUCACGGAUCCGUGGUCAAGCCCAUAUUCAACUUGGUUAUUUUAGUGGUCCUUGGAUAAUAAGAGUGACAUUCAUUCUCUUCUCAAUCUGGUGGGGCAUUGGAGAGGUUCUUCGGUUGAGUGUGCUGAGAGAAGGUGGGAGUUUGUUGAAUGUUCUCAACGGGAAAUGGCAAGAAACUGUCUGCAAAGGCUACAUCGUUUCAAAUCUAGGGUUAGCAGAACCAUGCAUCUUCCUGAUUGUUUUGUUUCUUCUCCGCGCAUCCCUACAGAAGUCGGUCACACUGAAUCGGAAAUGGAAUGGCAAAACAGCUGUUUGCGUUCUUCUCUUUUGCGCCCCAGUGUUUGUUUUUCAGCUCAUAGUCAUUUCUCUUGGACCAACAUUUAACAAGGGGAAAUUGCCUCAGUACUUCACAAUGGCCACUUCACUCCCCAAGACAAAGGAUGAUGAUGAUAUUGCCUUCUGCACUUACCCUCUACUGAGUACGAUCUGCCUCGGUCUUUUUACUACCACAUUAACUUGCUAUUUGUUCUGGCUUGGGAGAAGAAUCCUUCAUUUUGUCAUCAACAAGGGCUUGCAGAAGAGGGUUUACACUUUAGUCCUUUUCGUUUCGGGUUUCUUACCAUUAAGGGUCUUGUUUCUCGGUUUAUCCAUUUUGUCUACACCCGGUGGCCCAGUCUUUGAAAUUCUCACUUUCUUGGGGUUCCUAUCCCUUUUAUGUUGUGUGGUGAUGGGCAUGUGCAUGCUGGUAUACUUCCCCGUAGCUGAUUCUUUAGCUCUGAGGAAGGUACAGAGAGAUUUUGGCGCUAUGCAUAAUGAUACCGUUUCUCUAAUUGCUGACCAAAGUGUUCCAGGAGGAAGUAUUACUAGUCCCGGGAGAAACUCGGAAGCUUCCGGUAAGCGAUGUUCGAUUUCAUUUCGGACAAUGGGGAAGGGCGAUACUUCCAGCAGUGGGGCCUUUGUGGAGCUCAGCCUCUUCUCUCCUAGCCAGCAUUCGAGCCCUCCCGGUUCGCCUCGGCAUCUUGGCUGGCCAAUGCUCUCACUUGGAGAAGUUCAAGAGGUGUCUCGCAACUCUCAUUUUUGAGGUGAAGAAAUGUGUUGGUACUUUGUAUAGAGUUUUAGCUUUUUUUCAUCAUAACCAUAAGCACUGCUCUCCUCUAUUCUAGUCCCACUUCAAAGAAUGCCAUAUGAUUUUACUUGUUGACCACCCUACCCUAUUCUUUGGUGGAAUUUGUUUGCCCAUCAUUCAUUGUUGUUCUAGUUCAAUGCUAGUAGAAAAAUUCAAGCCCCGGCGCCAACUAUCUCCAAAAACGAUAAAACCGUCCCUAAUCCAGAGUAUACCUCCUGGACCAUCGUUGACACACAGAUCCGCGCCUGCCUCCUAGCGGUCAUCAGCCCCUCCGUUCACAAACAUGCUCGCGGCUUCACCACAUCUGCUGCCCUCUGGGAUGCUUUGGCCGCACGGUACAACUC